CAUCAGUUCCAGCAUCAACGCCACGGCGCACGGAGCCAGCUCGACUCGCAGGACACGCAGCAGCAACGCACACACACACAGCGUACGCAGAGCCAGAUGCAGAGGCAGUGGCUGAGGCAGACGCCUGGCGCAGAGGCCCAAAGUGAUUUUCACAACCAAACGAUUUUCUAAUUUUCCACGAGACAAUUAAAAACGCAUUAGCCAAAUGGAGUUGCCACCGUCUAGCUGAGACUAUUAACUGCCACAUUUUGGCCAAAAAAAUAUAUAAAAAAUAACACACACGCACACAAAAAUCUAAACGUGAUUUUCCACAGUGCGUUGGCUGUUUUCUCUCCCCUCAAAUAUCGAUUGCUGCUGCCUUGCAUAAGUCCAGAGUUGGGUAUACAAACGCAGUAACUCAGCGCGUCUGAAAGGUGUAAAAAAAAAAAAUACAAAUAAUAAAAAAAAAACCAAAUAAAAACAACAAAAGAUUGGAACACGAGAUGCUGCAACGCCCAGAACACAAGAACGCACACGAAUGCACAAGAACAACGAUGGCAACUUGUCGAAAUUAAGUUUUAAUUGUACAUAUUGAAGCCAGCAGCGGGGCAAUGGCGAUGAUGAUGUUGAUGCUGCAGCAACAACAGCAACUGAGGCAGCGCCAAAUGCGGACAAAGUGAAUUUUAAACAAUUGACAGCAGCAACAGCAACACGAGUAUCAACAACAGCAGCAGCAACAACAACAAAUGAGGCAGCUCCAAUUGCAAGCAAAGUAAAUUGUAAUCAAUUGACAGCAGCAACAGCAACAGCAUCAACAACAGCAGCAACAACAGCAGCAACAACUAAAGCAGCAACAACAACAAGAGCAUUAACUACAACAACAGCAGCAACAACAGCAACAACAUCAACAAUAGCAACAAGAACAACAUCAGCAGCAACAACAAUAACAAGAGCAGCAGCAGCAACAUCAGCAACAACGAAAAUUUUAUAUAUAGCCUCAGCAGAUUUCGAGCAAAGGUACCUCGCAGUGUGUGUGUGUGUGUGUGCGUGUGUGUGUGUGUGUUUGCUAACAUUUAUUUUUGGGCCAAAAUGGAUAUCGCCCUCCGUGGCACAGCAUCAACGACUGGCACUGGCUCGGCCACAGGCACUGGUUUACAUCAUGCCGUCUCAUUGGGCAACAUUGGGGUCUCCACGAAGGCCACCUAUUCCAGCCACAUGGAUCGCAACUACGACUCUGAGGAUGAGCACACGGGUCGUCGACGUUUGCGUCAAACUCAUUCCACCGAAUUGCAGCCUCGCACCUCCGUCUAUUCGCGCGGGGACAUAAGAGAACAGUACUGCCUUACAGAUCGUCAGCUGCACAGCAUUGAGCAGCGUCCGCGUCGGGAGCGUUUCUUCGGCUGCCUGUCGCGCCGAGGCCAGACACAGACGGGCAGCUUUCUGGGGGGCUGUGUGGGUCGACGUGUGCCCUCCGACGAGAAUCUGGCCGCCUAUGCGCCCUUCGAGAAGUAUCCGCGCUAUCAAAACAACUAUACGGACACACACGAAUUGGAUAGUUCCUAUUUUCGCCGGCAACCGGCAUCGAUUUUGAGCACCGGCAAGUCCAGUGAACCGGAUUUGGGUGGUCGGUACAGCUGGAUAGGUCAAUCGGCACAGAUGAACAACAACAGCGAUUAUCAAACGGAAACAAGGGCAACUUGUUGUACAGCACCACUUGAAUCCUUUUACCAGGAUGUUUUGCUACGGAAUUAUUAUGUCGAGCUAUGCGCUCCACCACAUCCUACACCACCAACAUCACACACCACCAAUCAAAUCGCUAAUGUAAAUGUUUGCUCGUAUCACUGCCCCACAUAUGCCACGAUGCCCAUGCCACAGCAGCAGCUGCAACAACAGUCUGGCAACCCCAGAACUAAGCACGUAAGCUUCGCCCGAUCUCAUACCCUGACCAGCUUCGACGCCGUCAAUGCGGGCUUUCGCUCUUCGGAACGCUUGAAAAGCGCUCGCAGUCAGGAGCGUUUGAUUGGUGGCAAGAAGCCUAUCAUUGCAACGGGCUCCAUGUACGAGACUCUGCAGCCCAUGCUACCCCAUCAGCAGCAACCACAGCAGCAGCAGCAGCAACAACAACAACAACAGCAGAGCUCGACGCUGCCGAAGACCUGGCUGCCAGCUCCAGUUCAGCUGCAGCCAUGUCAGCAUCACCAUGCUCCCAUUCACUUGCAUCAGCAGUUACCAGACAACAUGGUGGGCCUGAUUAUACCGCAGCCGCUGCCUCUGGCUCUGCCGCCUCCCAGUCCCGAGGUGCUCAUUAUCGAGAAGAAGUUCCGCAGUGCAAUGAAGACGCAGGCAACCCAAACGGAGGUGGCGGCUCGUCGCGAGGGCCUCUCCAAUUCCCAGCUGCUGGCCAUGAGUCCACGUGCUCCUCAUUGCAUCAAGGUCAUGUCGCAGGGCGCCCAGACGAACGGCCUGCAGAAUGGCAAAAAGCUAACGAAGAGUCUGUCGGAGAUACCCAAUGGCAAGGAUCUGAUGCAUCAGCAUUAUCAGGGUUCGGCCUAUCCUCACGACUUGAUAUAUCGCACCCAAUCACAAGAUGUGGUCCCACUGCAAACAAUCUCCGAUGCACAGAACAACAUCAUGUACUAUAAGCCGCCGCCGCCGCUGCUGGACGCGCAUAGCUACGGUCUUGGCAUGGAGCAUCUGAGUCGGGGCCGGGUCGAGCAGAAUGUGGAGUACGUAAAUGUGAAUGCAGCUGCGCUGGCGCUGAACGAGAGCUUCGACUACGAGAGCAACAGCUUGCCACGACGGGCGUGCACCUCGCACGUCCGCACCGAGACGGAUUACUUUUCGAACAGCCUGCCCCGGCGUCCGGAUGCACUGCACAGCCACGAUGUGUGCAAACACAUCACGGAGUGCGCCGAGCUGAUGACGGACAGCGUUCCGCUGGAUUUCACGCGACCCCAUUUGCUGCCGCCGCCCAGUGAGUACUGCAAGAACGACGAUGAUCCUGUCGAGGAUUACUUCGACGAUGAGGAGGAGGAGGAAGAGGAUGUGCGAGCACAUGAAACGGAGAGCUACAGCUCAGAGGUGUGCAUGGAACAGGUCGUGGCGGCGGCGCAGAAUCGUCGCAUGUCCAUGUUACCCAUGGACGGCUCACCCUUCAGGCGGGACGAUGUACGCCGCCAGUCGAUGCCGAUCUAUGGGCAAACAGAGAAACUGAUCGAUGGCUUUGGGCCACGCAGCUCGUUUCGGCAUCGCGACAAGGUCAGUUGCUUUGCGAACGAGCCGUCGCCGCGGGACGAACAGGAGAUCUUCAUAGACUUCAAACCACAUGUCUCGCCCAAGCCGAGUCCCAAGCAGCAGGUGAAGCAUCGCAAGCAGCACAAGGCGGAGAUAGCCAUGCGCAAGAUGCAGCAGCAGCGGCUGGCACAGGCGGCCGCCCUAACGCUGCCCAAGUUGAAGCAGCCAGUCGAGGUUGAGGCUAGAAAAGUUGAGCUUGAGCCCAGCGACGAGGAGGACGACGAAGAGGAGGAGGAGGAGGAGGACGAUGAUGCCAAUGAACAGGCACAGCAGGAGCACGAGCCCGACUCGGAGCAACCGCAGGCGGACGACGAUGAUCCAAUCUAUGAGAAUAUCACGCCCUGCGCCUGCAAGCUAGAGCCAGCGGCCACCGAGCUUGUGGACAAACGGACGCAGUUCCGGAAGCGUUCGGUUAGCCUGGACGAUGACUAUGCCGCCGUGACGGCCGCCUGUCCGGCGCCCAGCUUGCGUCUGCCCUCCACGCCGGCCAGUCCCUGUCGCGAUGAGCUGCUGCUGGCCAAUGUCUCAACUUAUCCAUCCUCAGACUCGCUGGCCAACGACACCACCCGCGAUCACUCCGACGGCAUCUGGAAUGAGUCCCAGGUGACCGUGCUGACGGCCGAGCAAAGGGACAUCUCCGAUGGCUCCUACAGCUCCAAUCUGUUGCUCACGCCCUCGUCCAAGCGCAAGAAUCUGCUGCUGCAGCAUCAGCAGCGCAGCUCCGUGGACACAGAUGCUCUGGACCUUGAGGAAUUGAGUCCCACCUAUGGCCUCCAAACACUGCCCAAGAUCAUAAGGACGCCCACGCCCACAACCACAAAGCCGGCGACGGUGCCCACCCAACCGAUCCUGACGCCCGCCAUUGCCGUGACGCCCUCAAGCAAUCAGCUGCCGGACUCGAUUAGCUCCCCUCUGCCCAAGCGUAGCAUGGCAUCCAGAAGCUCUAUGCCAGAUGCCCGCCAACUGAUGUAUGUGACCGGAGUGCCCAAACAGCGCCACUCGGACGCCUCGUUUCUGCCCUCCGGCACGGAAUAUGCGCGCAGCGCCGACAUUUCCGAGUGCAGCACAAAUACAGAUGAGUAUGCGACCUGCACGGAUACCUCGAAGCGUACACCAGGUAUUAAGACACCGCCGACCACGACUAGCUCAUCGUCGACUACACAAGUGCCAGUAUCCACGCAGAGCUCACAGCUGGAGAAAACCCAUGCGGGCAGCUCAUUCGAGAGCGCAAGUUCGCUUUACUCCAUGCGCGAGGAACUGCUGCAGCAUGACGAGAAGCCGCCCGCAAAAGGCGCACAGCUGAAAUCCCCGAUGGGCUCGUCGGCUGAGCUGACCAGGAAAUCGCCCUCGCACUCCAUAAGCAGCACCACCUCAUCGGGCAGCUGUCAGGUCUCGGGCCAAGCCAUCAAAUCACCCGCCAAAGAGUGUGAGCCCCAAACAGUUGGCAGCGCCGCCAGCGGCCAGAUGAAGGUUAGCGCCGCGGAGACGGCGCCGCCGAAGCCCAAACCGGAAUCCAUAUCGGAGGAUGAGCGCAGCGAGGUGCGUUACUCCUCCUCCGGCUACUACGAAAGUCCGCAUGAUGAGGAAGACGAGGAGCAGGUCCAACCCAGCUGCAAGUCGCGUCGCCAGCGGCAUGAGGACGAGCGCAAGCGACGCAAGACCUGCAUGAAGCUGGACAUCGAGAAGGAGAACAUGCGCGCCCUCACCAGUCCCAUCAAGAAACCCAGCGGCGCCGCCAAGCAGCAGUCGCCGGAACAGCACAGCGCUGGCAUUCUCGAGGGCGGCAGUCCCAGCAAGAUGAAACGUUUCCGUCCCAAGAUACGGCGACAGCUGCGCAAGAGCUCCAGGGAGGAUGUGCUUGCUGCGGCUGCCGCUAGACGCACGCGUGCCACGCCCACCAUUUAUGGGCUGAGCAGCGUCAGCGGCGACACAGAGCUGCUGCUGGAUGCCAGCAUGACCAGCACCAUGGGAUCCAGAUCCAGCUCCGCAGCAAUAGCAGCAACAGCAGCAGCAGGCGCAACAGUAACAACAGCUUCUGCGGUUGCCACAACGACAACCACGUCGGCCUCUUCCACGGGCACUGCCACACUGCAGGAUCAGGAGGCGGCGCCACCACCCACUAUGAGAAAGCCGCAUAGCUGUGCCACGCCCACAGCGCUACUAUCGCCCAAGCUGGCGGCUGCCGUGCCCGUGCCCGUCACCAAAUCCGCCUCCGAUGCAGGUCAGCUCAAGGCGAAGUCCAUUGAAUCCUUGCGCUCCGUGUCGCCCGGCUCGGACUCGGUCUUCUACAGCGAGGCCGACGGCAAUGCGGCUAGCACGGAGCAGGGCCAUUGCCUGCACUGCGGCAAGGAGAUGGAGGGCAAGCAGCACAACAACACAGUCAGCGAACUGGCCGGCGACUCCGUCGAGUCCAUACCCUACAUCGAACAGGAGGCGGACAUUGUGAAGCCGCCCUCUGAUUUCGCCGACUCGCCGGUGACCACGAAGACCACCCAGCGGCUGUACAAGAAGAUGGAUAAACGCUUUCGCUCCGAGGAGCGAUACCAUGGCGAACGGGGCAGACACUACAAGACCAGGCAGGAGAACAUACGCGCCAAGAGCGAGGAACGUGGCCGCGCGCCUAGUCUGCCCAAUACACCCAUACUGCGACCCGCCGGCUCGAGUCCCUGCGUACUGCCCGAUAUCAAUACGGAACAGAGUCAGCAUAUCAUCUAUAAAGGUCACUACGAUGCGGGUCGCUACACGCGCCUAACCGACGAUGAUCUGUGGACGCAACUGGAUCACCAGUGCUUCGAUCGUUCCUUCGCAGAUCGUUCCCGCGAGCGUCGCGCUUCCACCGAGUCGGAGAGGGGCUUCCAUGCCAAGUAUCAGGUGAUCUUGCAUCGUCUGGUUCAGCGUCGCUGCACACUCGAAAUGUAUCAUCGCCAGAAGCACAACAACUUCCGCGUGGACAAGACGGUGGUCGUGAAGAGCGAUUCGGGUGAGUUUGGCUUUCGCAUACACGGCUCCAAGCCGGUGGUGGUGGCUGCCAUUGAGCCGGACACGCCGGCGGAGAGCUCCGGCCUGGAAGUUGGCGACAUUAUCAUAUCGGUGAAUGGCGUCCAAGUGCUGGACAAGCAUCACACGGAGGUGGUCAAGAUAGCGCACGAUGGCUGUGAGAAGCUGGAGCUGCAAGUAGCCCGCACAAUUGGCGUGCUCAUGCACCAGCAACUGGAGCCGCCCAGUCAGCCCAUCUUCAGCGGUUACCUGUGGCGGCAGAGCGGCCAGGCGAAAGGUGCUCCCAAUACCAAGAAGUGGGUGCGACGCUGGUUCUCGCUGCGCCCAGACAACUGUCUGUACUACUACAAAACGGAAGAUGAUUCUCAGCCCGUGGGUGCCAUGAUAAUGGCCAAGCAUACUGUGGACUUGUGCCCCCUUGAUAUAGGCAAGCCGUAUGCCUUUAAAGUGGACUCUGGCGAGGGCAUACCCAUGUAUGUGGCCGCUGACUCCGAGGAACUGGCCAGCAGAUGGUUAAAUUUGCUGCGCCAAGCGGCCACACAGGAUAAUCAGUGGCUGGACAAAAGUGCCCGCUGUCUGUACCAGAGCCCCGGCAACAUUGUGCGACCCGAUUGCUUUGGCCAUUUGCUCAAAUUGGGCUCAAGGUGGUGCGGCUGGUCGAAACGCUAUUGUGUACUUAAGGAUGCCUGCCUCUAUUUUUAUCAAGAUUCAAAUAGCAAAAGUGCAUUCGGCAUGGCCUGUUUGCACGGCUACAAAGUGGCCUCGAUGUCCACGAAUGCGUCCGGCAAGAAGAACUCAUUCGAGAUAAUACCACCAGAAGCGAAACUGCGUCAUUAUUAUUUUUGCACCGAAAGCGAAAUGGAUAAAAAGCGUUGGAUAUCCGCACUGGAGUACUCGAUUGAUCGGUGGAUCAAGUCCGGGUAACUAAGGUUAAAAACACGCUCCAGAUCGGCGUUCAGUAGCCGACACAAGCGUCGUAGCUUUAGCUACUUUAUGGAUUAGUUAACGUCUGCAGUUCAUAUAUUUUGGACAUUAGUACGGGUACUAGGUACUACCAACUAGCUCUUAAGCAAAAACGACAACAACAGCAACAACAAACACAAAUUAUAUAGAAAAUAGUCCAGAGUUUUUUAUAGCUACUAAGACAAGGAAUUUAGGCAGUCAAUCGUCGAAUCGGGGGCUUAAAACUAUUUUGAAGUGCGCAUACAAAUUGCAAUAUACCAUAGAGAAAUUUUGGUGUGUAUUCUUGUUAUAUAAUUAUUAUAGCUUAUGUUUAGUGAGGUUGUCUUGUUAUACACACAUUCACACACACACACACACACACACACACACACACACACACAUGCACAUACACACCAUAUAUACAUGCAUAAUGUAGCGUAUGAUAUAGUACUUAUAUAUAUAUAGUCAUAUAGCAGACCAACAUAUUGUCUAAAGUGUGUUUGAGUUGAAAACAAAAUUCGUUAGGCUUAAUCGAUUGAGAGAUAAUUAGGUAUUCAAAGGCUCAACCACAUGGCAAUUGAUAUCCAUGUUAGACGGGUAUCUAAACAGUGAGAUAAUAUUUACAAGAUUGCAGAUUAAAUUUUUGGGGAGGAAAACAAAAAACUACUCAUGACCAAUUUCACAGACAUCCAGCAGAUAAUAGGAAACUUAUCAUGAAAGGGGUACUAGAUAUAUAUAGGCUGUAUUAGAAAGGUUUAAUAUUUGAAUGUUUAGUUCCGCACUAGAUACAAAAUUAUUGCAUGUUAUAUACGGUUUUCGUCCCUACAACAAUAUGAGGAAUAUGAAAAACAAACAAGAUGGUUUAUUAGUUAGACACAAUUAUUAUUGAUAUGUAUAGCUUUUUUAUAAACAUUAAAAUCGGGGGGAGAAAGUGUAUCACAUUGUAGCUAAGCUUAGUUUUUUGAUAGAUUGAGUUUUUUGGGAUGGCCAUUAAGUUUUCGAGACACAAUAAUAAUAUGGCAAAUACUUUAUGAGUACAUUGAAUACUUCACAAUCCAGUAGUUACUUUGUCAUAUAUGCGAUAUAUGAUCUUUAAAUAUGCUGAUUUCCCUUCUUUUGUGGAUCAGUGUGUGCAUAUUGAGUGCAAUUUAUUUUGUUAGUGUUACACACACACACAUAAACACACACACGCACACACGUAUAUAUAUUUUAUAUAUUUUAAAUAGAGAUAUCCAAUUAUUGAGUGUGUGCCGAUUCAUUUAGAUAAUACUUUAUUAUAUAUAUUAUACAUGACAGCGUGACAGCCAGUUUUAUGUUAUGUGGAAAAUGUGAGCAAACCAUUAAAAAAGAAAAAACAAAUACCGAAAAAUAAAAACACUAAAUAAGAGCUUUAAUUAUUAAAUAAAGAAUAUACCAAGAACAA